AUGGCAGCUAUAUUUGUCCCUCCUUCUCCACAGACAUCGUUCGCUAUGUCUUCACGACGACCACCCCUCGCCAACGUCCCCAAUGCCGCCAACUCUCCCCAUCGAAGCAGCAACACGGCUGCUCUCAAACGCGCCCGUACGGGAUCCGAGAUGGGGUCCCGAAUCGACUUGCUUUUCGGUCAACCUCCUGCCAAGAAGCAAUUCGUGGAGCGAGAGGAUCAUGCUACCGGUUCCCCUUCCAAGCCACGCUCAAUGGCAGCUCCCCAGAUGAGUGCUGAAUCUAGGAUGUUCACACGAAGGGGCAAUGCUUCAUUAACCCCGUUUGAGAAAAAGUUGAUGGCAGUAAGAGAACAGAAAGAUGGAGCGAGUCAAGCAACUAGAAAUUCACGAUAUGAGAGGGCCUCUGCCGAGAAACUGGAUAAUAUCCGACAAUGGCAGAGACAUUACCGCAAGGCAUUUCCUAGCUUCGUGUUUUACUUUGACAGUCUACCAGCAGACGUUCGUAACCGAAGUUUGAGGGAAGUGCUUGCAUUGGGUGCGAAAGAGGAAAGAUUCUUUUCCAGGACAGUCACCCAUGUCGUCACGUCUCGGCCAAUUCCAGAUGUCGAUAUUCCCACCCCGACUGAAACACAGAAUGAGCAAACGUCCAUCGAAGGUCCCAUUCAGACCGUCAACCCUGUUCUUUUGGAACGAAACGACAAUCGAAGGGACCAUGGAAACAAUACCGAUGUACUAUAUCGAGCACGUCAAAUGGGCAUGAAGAUUUGGGCAAUUGAGAAACUACAACGAAUGUUGGCAGCCAUCCACGAACCAGACACUUCAGCUGCAUAUACCGGUGGCCGUGCAGGUUCUCUAUCUGUCAAGGGCCGCGGAGAGACGGAACUGUCCCAGGUACUUCGAAAUGAGCGUCUACAUGGACCAGCUGAUCGUGAUCCAACUCAAUUGAUGAAAGACUUGGUUUACUUCCGUGGCCCUUUUAUAUAUGUCCACGACAUGGAUGAAAAGACUCGUCCUGUUAUGGUGAGAGAGUAUCCCAGGGUUGCAGUGAAAGAGCAGGGUCUUUGGCCACAGUUUCGCAGCGCGCAAAUAGGGAAGUGUCCAUUCAUUCAGGAGGAGCCAACGAAGAAAGAACUUGCUCGUAUGAAGGAGGAGAAGAGAAGAAAGCAGCAGCAGCGAGAGCAGGAAAGGACUGCUGCCAAAGAGGAAGUCAUCAAGCGUGAAGAUGUACCUGAGACACAGAAUCAGGAGCAGCCUGUCAAGCAAGAGGCAGAUGAUCUGACUGCUCAGGUAAAACUGGAAGAAGAGGAUACCGCACCGCUAGGACCAUCAGAUGACCUCAGACCAUUAUCUGUUCGACCAGCACCACCACGAGUCAAGUCGGAGAAUCACUCAGUCAAACCCAUCGGAAAGAUUGCAGCUUGGCCGAUGCUGCGCGAGCCGGCCGCUUCUGGCGUCCAGCCGUCAAACAUCACCUCAGCAAUCCGAUCACAGAUGGUAUCGUCGACUGCAGCUGCACCUGGUGCAAAGGCAGGAUUGAGUAAAGAAGUACACGAAUUGAAACGAAAAGUUUUGGAAAAGAGCAAUGGAAGCAUGAUAACAAGCGCCAACCCAUCGUCCCACAGGCCCAUGGAUGCACCAACGAAUAUGAAACUUGCUUCCGGUGCCUCUGCCGGCGCGAAACGCCCACGAGAGAAGAUGAGUAACAUCCACGAGGAGGAUACAACACAGUCAGAGGACAACGGCAACAACAAUAUAUCACAAAACACGGACUGCAAAGGAACUCUACAGAAGAAAGUCGUCAAGGAGAAGCAACGUGAUCCCAAACCGGGUUACUGCGAGAACUGCCGAGACAAGUUUGAUGAUUUCGAUGAGCACACAAUGACCAGAAAACACCGCAAGUUCGCAACUACGCUGUCCAACUGGACUGAACUAGAUGCCUUACUGUCGAAACUUGAGCGUCCUUUGAAACAUGCAUACUAAAUGAUGGCUGUACUGUGUAAGAGUGAGUUGUGCUUGUAUUAAUAACUGACUCGGGUAUACUCGUUUUCUUGUCUAUGAAACAUGCUUACUGGUUACCUUUACA